AUGAAGCAGUUCUCCGGCGAGCCCUGGGCAGCCUUUGCUGUGCUCUUCUUCGCCACCGCGCUCUGGUAUUCCUGCUCAGCAGCAGCUGAAGAUUUCUCCAAUGUUUCAACAAGCUCCAUGCUCACAACUGAGUACGAAGCACCAUGUCUUAACGUGAACUUCUGCAGGCAAGCGGCCGUGUGCUGCCCGACGGGCGUCGACACUCUCAUCCUGCUCUGCGUGGACAAGGUCAUGAAACUGCGGCCUGACGAACCCAAGUAUUUGGUGGGCUGA